AGCGCGAACACGAAAGGACUUCGAGUAAGACGGACAUCAGCUGGUCUCCUCGCUGGCUGGUUUCACGUUGCUCGGCAAUGCUCUAGCUUAUGCUAUGACUAUAACUUUACACUUUGACUUGUUUCAUUCAUGUGCAAACGCUGUGAUAGAUGAUUUGAAUUUCUGUAACAACGUUGAAGUUCUAAUGCCGUUGCUUACUUGACAUAUUCUUAAUCUUUUUCAGCACGAGUUUCCUACAUCCAAAAGCAUCGCUUCGUCCCGGGUCUAUUUUCUUACGUAGAUUCUUCUCAAUUUACCGCCAAGAAAACAGCAACAGCUUUUAUUCCAGAUAGCACGAGGACAAAUAAAAAUGCAGCGCAAAUCCUCUGCCUCACCGGGCAAGCGGAAGUCGACUUCCCCCAAAAAAAGCCGUGGCACCUCGCGGUCUCCAAAAGCACGCGCCACGUCUCCGAAGAAGAAAACCUCGUCCGCAGCUUCAGUCGACAACUCUCGCGCGGUGGUCGCGGUGGUCGACGACAAGGAGAAAGGGGAUGUUUUGGACCGGGUGAUUGACAAAAUUUCCAUCCUGGGCACCCUGGCGGUCUUGGUCGCCGUAUGUGCGGUGGGCGCGGGAAUCUACGGGGUUGCGGACGACCUCUCCCUGCACAUCUGCUCGCUGGUGCUCGGGAUGGGUAGGGGGGGCGUGCCGGGCUGCGCGACGGUGGCCGGGUCGUUCUUCGUGCUGCUAGCCCCGCCCGGCAGAGUGAAUCAGGUGGGAUAAAGUAGUUUACCGGUGGGCUAAGAAGUUUUGCAAGUAGAGUUUUUUUAGACGCAAAGAUUAAUAAAAGUAUCUGCAACGGUCGUGGCCCCACUGGAGAGGCACCUUCACCUGUAUUGCUUAGAUGCAAAAUCAUCUUCUCCGACGAAUACUAUGAAAUUCGAGUUGUAUUCAACCUCACCACCUCCUACUACAGAUGCUUUCCCUGAUGACGGUGGCGGAGUCGAUGCCGAAUCAGCUCGUGGGGCUGGCCUACUUCCUAUCAAAAGGAAAAAUCCCCCCUUCCCAUAUCAAAACGAAGUUUCUGAUGCUGGAUUUGCGUACUCAAAUCAGAUCUGUCUUGCUGGCGAGGACUGCAGGCUCCUGCCCAGCCUGAGUAGAGAGCUUUUGGCCUAGGCGCUUAGCAUGAGAAACAUCUAUGCUGUAGGCCCAACAGCAUGACAAACCGCCUACAUAGUGCGGCAAAGCCUGCGGAGUUGUCUUCUUGCAAGACAGACUUGAUUUGGGGUCUCAAAUCAGCAAGACAAAUUUUCGGAAACAUACCUUUUCGAUAUGGGGAGGGGAGAUUUUUCCAUUCGAUACUUCCGGUCCGCGGAUUGGCUUUUUGCCAUGAAAUUGAACAUGUUCUGUGUGGUCGGGCUGGUGUGCGGGCAGUAUGCCGUCGAACUGAUGUCGGACCAACUGAUCUAUCCAGUGCAAAAGUGAAAUUAUCGUACCCGCACUAGUUCUGGCAAGAACCAUGCAUGUUGACAAAGUAAGCGCUCUCCUAAGCUGAAUAACCCGCACUACUUACACUCUUCCUCUUCGUUUUUCCUUCUAGGAAUAUUUGUGAUGGUGCAAAAAAUUAUCCGUGCGACCGCGAUGCUUUUCCUUUUGCAGUGCAUAUGAUCCGCAAGGUCGCGGGCGUCAUCCUGCUUACCGUCGUGGCCCAAAUGACGGUGGAGAAGAUCCUCGCGGCCCGGCAAGCGCGAAAGACCGGGGAGAAGCUCUCGCUCGCGGAAGUGGAGGCUAAGGCGGCGUCGCGGGCGAAAUUCUUGCGGUCGCAAACGGUCAUGCUACCGCUGGGACUGGUCGGCGGGAUUUUGUCCUAUGUGGCGGGCAACAUGGGGCCGCUGCUGAACGUGUACAUGGUGUUCUUAGAACUACCAAAAUACGAGAUGGUGGGCACGCGGGCCGCAAUCUUCAUCCCCAUAGACGCCAUGAAGCUCGGGCAACGGGCGUAAGUAGUUUUUUUUUGAUAAAGCUUGGGAUGCCACCUCGUGGUGGUUUGUGAAUGAAGUUGAGCAUCAAAGCCCCGAAGUGAACGAAAAUGAUCUUUUUGCAACAGGUAUAGUGGCCAUCUCUCCAUGGACAACGCGAUGUUUGGGGCGUAACCAGCGAAAAUCUUGAGCCAAGUCAGUUGCGUUUUCUAUGUGGCACUACAUGUUCGUUGGGAACUCCAUGCAGAGCUAGACAGAAAAAAUUCAUCAACCUGUUUGCAACCUGUAUUUCUACUUAGCAGCGGUACCACUACCACAUGAUCUGCAGCUAUAGUUGCACAAUGAAAAAUGGUAGAUAAUGAUUCAUGAUGAUGAUCUUGGCGAGACUCUCGAUUUUCGUUGCAUAAUGUUCGAUUGGGCAUUGUGGGCAUCAUGGGCGUAAUUCUCGCCAAAAUAUGGCUCAAAAAAGCCAGCAAGGAGGUACGACCGCAAGAGCACACUCUUUAUUCUGAAAUCAGUUUUGCUACGGUGAUGAUGACUGAAUUCGUGCUUUGCUGCAAGCAUCAAGAAAAAGAAAAAUCCCAUAUCUAUCGCAGCUCUUCGCCUUUGUUUAUAACCGCGUGACGUACGUGAUGACAAUGCUGAGCGGCGUGUUGCUGGUAACGGGUAUGGACCUAAAAGAAAUCAUCAAAAUGGGAAUGGACGCCGCGAAGAGAUGACGAGGAGCUGGGGUUUAGAAACAUUGUUGUAGUAAGUAGGCAAGUUGCGCUUUCUUGUGUAGUGUGAUGUGGAGCGAGACGCUUUGCAAUUGUAAUUGAAAACCCAGAGGAACAUGAUGUUUGUUCAUUUCAGAUCAUCUUCAUCUGUGGGAAGAAAAGAAUGGAGAACAACAUGAAACAAAUGGAAAUCGCACCAUCAGAAGAACGAAAACAAGUAAGAAAUUUACACGCCCACGCGUCCGCGGCGGGGUAAAUAUGUGAU